AUGGGCUUUACGGGAAUCAUAUACGCGAUUUGUGUCUGUAUCUUGAUCUUUACCGCUGCGUCUUGGCUACGAAAGCAGCGUGCUCGCUGGCCAUAUCCACCUGGUCCUUCAGGACUCCCCAUUGUCGGAAACACCUUCCAGGUACCUUUGACGGAACAAUGGCUGAAAUACGCCGAAUGGGCCAAGACCUAUGGGGAUGUUAUGCACCUCUCAGUGCUCGGUCGUUCUAUCAUCGUCCUCAGUUCAGCUAGUGCUAUAUCAGACUUACUGGACAAAAGGAGUGUUCACUAUUCAGACAGACCCGUCGUUCCCAUGGCAGGCGAGAUGGUCGGGUUCUCCCGAUACAUCGCAUUGGAGCACUAUGGAGGUCGCCUGAAGGAAGGACGUAAGCUCAUAACGAAUAGCCUAAGUACCCGCAAUAUGCCAGAGGUACAGCGAAUGCAAGAAAUGAAGGUCAUCCAUUUAGUCUCACGGCUGAUGAGCAGUCCGGCCGAUUUCCGCCUGAACCUGCGAUGGUUCAUGGCUUCCGUGGUCUUCCAAUAUUCCCAUGGAUACGAGGUGGAAACCUUCGAGGAUUACUACGUGAAGUUAGCCGAACAGGUCGCCGAGGAUUUCUCGCGAGCUGUACAGCCUGGAAAAUUCCUGGUUGACAGCCUGCCUUUUCUGAUGCAUGUUCCCGACUGGAUGCCAGGUACAGGAUUCAAGGCAACCGCGGGUGCCAUGGCUGAGCGACUACAGCGCCUGGCAGACGAGUCGUACCAUCAUGUGCAGACGCAAGUCGCUCGUGGUACUGCGCCGCCUUCGUUUACUGCGAACCUGAUUGAGAACAAUCCUCAUCCAACGCCAGACGAAGAGGAUAUGUACAAGACUACAGCAAUGGUGUUCUACGUGGCCGGUGCUGAUACUACGACGUCCGUUCUCGAAGCGUUGUUCCUCGCGAUGACGCUCUACCCAGAUAUUCAACAAAAAGCCCAGGCCGAAGUCGACCGUGUCGUGGGAUUUGACCGACUGCCCAAUUUCAGCGAUCGUCUUCAGCUACCCUAUGUGGAGGGGCUAAUCAAGGAAAUAUACCGCCUCAAUCAAGUGUUUCCGCUAGCGUUGCCGCACUGUGCCACCCAGGAUGGUGUAUACGCGGGGUAUCACAUUCCGGAGAAGUCAAUAGUCAUUGCCAACAGCUGGUCUGUUGUCGACUAA